AUGAGAAUAAGAACCACAAUUGCCGCCGUCCCCUGCGAAAUUCUCCGUAAUCACAUGCCCCAGAUUCUCUCCAUUGUCAACCCCAACAAGCUCCCAGUUAAGCAAGUUCGCUCUCUGUUAUUUCGCUUCUCUUUUAACCCAACAAAUUAUCGGUUCUUCGCAAGUAGUUCAUUCUCGUCUUCUUCAGGAAACCAAACAACAGAAACCCAGGUAGAUUUAUCUUCUUUUGACUGCUCUGGUAUUUCAAAAGCUGUUAUUUUGAGGUGUUCUCAUUUGUUUGACGCAAAAGAGAAAUUAUAUGGCAACGCUUCUCUCAAAGACCUUCUUUUGGACAUAUCUGAUGUAGUACCGGAUAUUAGUCGUAGGUUUAGGAGAUUUGGUCACUUGAAGCCUGAAAACGUCCUUGAAAUAUUACUUGGUUUUGAGUAUGAAUAUGGAAAAGUUGCAGUUAGAACUACAAAGGUUGGAUCUUUAUGGGGGGUUUUCAGUUGGGCUAGCAGGCAGGAUAAGGGUUUCAAGCAUCUUCCCAAGUCAUGUGAAAUCAUGGCUUCGGUGCUUAUUAAUGCAGGGAUGCUUAGAGAAGUUGAAUUGUUGCUUGUCGAAGUGGAGAGUCGGGGAAUUUUGUUGGAUUGUCAUGAAAUAUUCAGUAAUUUGAUUCAUGGUUAUGUAGUUCAUGGUGAUGUGGAGAGCGCUGUUUUUGUUUAUGAUCUAAUGAGGAAAAAUCUUGGUUUGGUUCCAUCCUUGUCGUGCUUCUGUGCUUUUAUAGACCUUUUGGCUAAAAUGAAGAGAAACCCAUUGGCGUUCCAAGUUUGUUUGUAUAGAGUGUGGUUGGGGAUCAAGUUGAGUGAUUCAGAAAUAGCUACUAUUGAUAAGGUCAUCAGACUACUAUGUGGAGAAGGGAAGAUUCAAGAAGCUAGAAAUCUCCUAAGGGAGGUCGUGGCUUUGGGAUUUGAACCCAGUGAUUCUGCUGUUAAUGAGAUUGCUUAUGGGUAUUGUGAAAAGAAUGACUUUGAAGAUUCACUGAGUUUCCUUGUUGAAAUGAAGCGUGCAGUAGAUGUAAUUGUUGGCAAUAAAAUCAUAUAUACGCUUUGUAGCAAAUUCGAUGUGGGGAGAGCAGAUGUGUUCAGGCAAGAACUUGAGCAUUUGGGUUUUAGGUCCAAUGAAGUAACUUUUGGGAUCUUGAUUAGCUGGAGUUGUCACAGAGGAGAAUUAAGAAGUGCCUUUAUUUAUUUAUCUGAGAUUUUGUCGAGGGGCCUGAAACCUGAUGUAUGUACCUAUAAUGCUCUUAUAGGCAGCACGUUUAGGGAUAAUUUGUGGGAGUUGGCUCGUCAUUUCCUUGAUGAAAUGGUUGAUAGUGGGAUAAUACCCAACUUAUCAACAUUUACAAUUUUAUUAGCUGGUUACUGUAAAGCGAGGCAAUUUGAAGAAGCUAAGAUGGUGGUAUGCAAUAUGGUCAGAUAUGGUUUAAUUGAAUUUUCUUCACUAAGUGAUCCACUUUCCGAAGCAUUUAUCAUCUUAGGGUUCAAUCCUGAGACUGUGAAGUUGAAAAGGGACAAUGAUGCUGAACUUUCUAGGAGUGAGUUCUUUGAUAAUAUUGGGAAUGGGCUAUAUUUAGAUACAGACCUUGACGAGUACGAAGAAAGAAUAAAUAAUGUUCUUGAAAAUUCCAUGCUACGUGAUUUUAAUUUUCUUGUAAUGAGAGAAUGUAGUAACGGAAACUUAAGAACUGCAUUUAAGUUGGUGGAUGAAAUGGUUCGCUGGGGGCAGGAACCAUCUUUGUCAGUCUUCUCGACUUUACUGAAGAAGCUUUGUACAUCUCGCUCCCAAAUCAGGACAAGUGCCAUUCUCUUGCAAAGUUGGCCAAAGUUGGUUAAUCAGCUAGAUGAAGAGACUCUCAAUUUUCUUGUCCAAGAAGGCUGCAAAAAGGGAUUCAUAUACCAGGCAAGGCUUCUUUUCAAUGGAAUGCUGCAAAGGGAUCUAGCAGUCAGUAGCAAGUCAUAUACUGCUCUAUUGAAGGGUUUAUGUCAAAAAGGAAUACUGAGGGACCUUCUUAGUUGCUGGAUUAUUGCUCGAAGUAACAAGUGGGUACCAGGAUUGGAUGACUGUAAGGCUCUUUGGGAAUAUCUUUGCCAACAGAAACUGCUGGAGGAAGCAUUGGACCUUCUCGAGAGUAUGCUAGUAUCCUAUCCUCAAUUAACGUCAGAAAUCUAUCAUAUGUUCAUAGAAAAGCUUUGUGGCACAGGCUUUUCAUGCGUUGCACAAGUGUUAGUAGAAGAACUUCAGAAGCAGGGCUGCUUCUUGGGUCAGGAUGUUCACAUCCAUCUUUUACGAGGAUUGUGCGAGGAGAAAAACAUUUCAUCUGCCUUUACAAUAUUGGACAAUAUGCUGGCAAAGAACUUGACGCCAAGCAUUGAUAUAUCAGUGAUAUUAAUUCCUCAGCUGUGUAGUGUAGCAAAAUUUGAGAAAGCUGUUGCUUUAAGAGAGAUUAGCUUGAAAGAUCAACCAACAGGUUCAUUUCCUAUCCAGAGUGCUAUGAUAAAGGGAUUUUGUUUGACAAAAAAGCUUUCAGAGGCAGAAAGUAUCUUCCAGGAAAUAUGGUCAAAUGGUCUUUUCCUGGCUGCUGAUAUCUAUAAUAUGAUGGUUAGAGGUUAUUGCCAAGCUAGCAACAGGAGGAAAGUUGGGGAAGCACUUGGAGUUAUGAUAAGGCGAAAUAUAAGCCUCUCGAUCUCAAGCUAUGGGAGCUGUAUACGCAUGAUGUGUAUGGAAGGCAGGUUCCUUCAGGCUUCAAGUCUCAAGGAGUUCAUGCUUGGACAGAGCAAGUCCCACAAUCUCAUCAUUUAUAACGUUCUGAUUUUCUAUCUCCUCUCAGCUAAGAAUAGUUUACAUGUGAACAAAGCUUUAGAUGACUUAAGAGAGAAGGGGUUGCUUCCUGAUGAAGUCACUUAUAAUUUUCUUGUAUAUGGGUUUUCUCUGUGUCUUUACAGGUCAAGUUCAAUGCAAUAUUUUUGGUCUAUGAUUUCCAAGGGACUUAAGCCAAACAACCGCAGCUUACGAAUUGCAAUAAGUUUCUUGUGUGAGAUUGGAGAACUAGAGAAGGCACUGGAGUUGAGUCAAGAAAUGGAAUUGAGAGGCUGGCAUCAUGGUUCAGUUGCUCAGAAUGCAAUAGUUGAGGGUCUUCUUUCUCAUGGUAGGUUUCACGAAGCAGAGCAGUUUUUGGCUCGACUAGUUGAUAAAGGUCUUAUUCUUAAUUCUAUCAAUUACGACAAUCUUAUUAAGAGGUUUUGCCACUUUGGAAGAAUGAGCACAGCUGUUAGUCUUCUCGACAUAAUGUUGAAGAAAGAACAAAUCCCAGAUUUUACCAGUUAUGAUUCAGUAAUCUGUGGUUUCUGUACAUGUAAUAGGUUGGACCAAGCUAUGAAUUUCCUCACUGAUAUGUUGGACAGGGAUCUUAAGCCUAGUAUAAGCACAUGGAAUAUCCUUGUGAAUAAGUUAUGCAAGGAAGGAGAAACUGCAGAAGCGGAAAAGCUUUUGGUUUCAAUGGUUCAGUUAGGAGAAACUCCAACAAGAGAGAUGUAUUCCUCUGUCAUUAAUAAACAUCACGCAGAAAAUAAUCUCAGAAAGGCAUCAGAGCUCAUGCAACUAAUGCAGCAGAGUGGUUAUGAACCAGACUUUGAAACACAUUGGUCUCUUAUAAGCAAUUUGAGCAAUGCCAACGGCAAAGAUAAAAUCAGCAAUAACAAUAACCGGGGUUUUCUAUCAAGGCUUCUUUCUGGAAGUGGGUAUACUAAAGAGAAAGAAACUCCAAUGGCAAACUGCUGUAGUGAACAUUAUUUUCAGUGA